CCCUUUUGCUCCGGCGUGGCUGAGGGUCCGGCGCGAUCCGGCGUGCGAUGAGGGCGGUCGCCUGGUUUGCUCCACCAUGCCUGAACCUCUGGCAGGUGGGAAUGGGCUCUGCAGAGGCAGAGGGGGUGUUGAGCCUCUGGGGAACUGGAUGUGAUGGCUGUAGCUGGCAGUUGUGAAUUGUGUGAAGAGGGCAGUCACCUGGUUUGCUGCACCAUGGCUGAACCUUUAGCAAAUAAGAAUGGGCUCUGCAGAGGCAGAGGGGGUGUUGAGCCUCUGGGGAACUGGAUGUGAUGGCUGUAGCUGGCAGUUGUGAAUUGUGUGAAGAGGGCAGUCACCUGGUUUGCUGCACCAUGGCUGAACCUUUAGCAAAUAAGAAUGGGCUCUGCAGAGGCAGAGGGGGUGUUGAGCCUCUGGGGAACUGGAUGUGAUGGCUGUAGCUGGCAGUUGUGAAUUGUGUGAAGAGGGCAGUCACCUGGUUUGCUGCACUGUGCAUGCCCCUCUGGCAGGGGAGAAUGAUAUCUCCUGUGUUGUUUCUCAGUGGAGUGUCUGGAGUGGCUGUGCAGAGCCUUGCAAGACAACAUACCGUGUUCGGAGGAGGCAUGUCAUCCAGGAGCCCAGGAAUGGAGGAGAGGCAUGCCCUCCUUUGGAGGAGAGGGCUGGCUGCGUGGAGUACUGGACUCAGCAAGGAACAGAGUGCAAACAGUCCCUGAUCCCAGCAUUAAUAACAACAGGAGGGUUUGGAAAAGCGAGGAAAAAAAGAGCUGCAGCUGAUGGCCGUGAAAGAGCAGGGUACUGUGUUGAGUUCCAGCUUGUGGCCAUCAUGCCGGACUGUUUGCACAGCCACCACUUGUACACUCACUGGAUGCAGUAUCUGAGGGAGGGCCACACUGUCUGCGUGGAGUGUCAGCAUCCAGCUUUAGACUCCAGAAGUCUGCAUUGUUAUGGGGAUGGCAGUGGAAGCAAAAAGAACCAGCUGUUGCACUGGCAGGCGGUAGGGAACCCUCGAUGCAAGGGAACCUGGAAGAGAAUUCGCCGGCUGGACACUUGCUCCUGUCCUUCUGUUCACAGCUUCUUGUUCAUCUAACUUCUCCUGACAGUCCCAGCAAGUGGGCUGUGAUGGCUUGCCUGGCACAAAGCAGUGGCAGCGGUAGUAACCACAACCAAACCAAUGACUCCUCCAUGCCAGAGGCUGUGCCGCUUAGUUUCAAGAGGUUGCUGCCUGCAUUGGGCAUCCUGAAUCCUCUCUGUCCGUGUCCAAAGAAAUCAGGCUGGCUGUGAAGUGCCAAUCUCUUUCUGCACAUCUGUUCCUGCUGCCUCUUCUGCCUGGGAGAGGCGAGUCUGACCCUGAUGAUUUCUUGCAAAUUCCCCUUUUCUUGAGAGGAACGAGAAUUCACCAAGUAAGAAAUUGGACAAAAAAAGCCAUAUGGACCCAGGUUUAAUUAUUAUUUUUUCCAAGGUCUCAAUGAAGAAUCAAUGCAAAAUAAAUUAACCCAAUUGUUUUAUUUUCAAGACAGUGGCACUUCUUUGUGGAUGCUUCCUGCUUGUGCUCAUAUAUCUUUUCCUUUUGUUUUUGCCCUCCCUGGUCUCAUCAUUUCAUAUUGAUCCUCAGUCUUAGAGAGGGUCGAUCUUGUGCUGCUGAGAUAAUGGCAAAACUUAGAAAUGAGCCUGUUCAAGUCUGUGAGAAUAGAUGGUACCAGGGAUGAAUGGCCCCUUGGACUUCAGGUUUCAAGGAGCACCUCCGAGUGCCCCAAAAUGCAGUGCAGUCCCGGGGCUCUACACAGGAAGUCAUCCCAGCUGUACCAGGUCUAGCUAUAGCCUUGUAUUUUUGACUGGAAAAUAUUUGAAAUAUUUUUUAUAUUCUGCUGAUUUAUAUUCAUACUUUUCUAUAAACUAAAAUAAAGGGGACUGGAGACAUUC